UCCAUUCGGCUCCGCCGCCGCCCGCCGAGGAGGGGACAGCGACAGUCGGGAGCACGGGAGAGGGACGCACCCUCCCCCGCCGCCAACCCGCUUCCUCCUCCUUCUUCUCCUCCACCUCCUCCCCCGCCUCCGCCUCCGCCUCCCGGCCGGGAAGAGCUCGCCGUGCCCGCUGCAGCCCCGCUGGAUGCACUGAGCGCUCGGGCGCGGGGAGAGAGGGGCAGGAGGGAGCCGGGAGCCCCGCCGCGGAGGCGCUGCGCUACCCGGAGCCUCACGGCCAUUUGCUUUAAUUCUUUUAUUGCCCCCCGGCCGCCUCCUCCUCUCUGCCCGCGGGAGCCAGCCGAGGCGGCGGGGGCUGCAUCCCCCCUCCCCCCCUUUUUUUUUUUAAUUUUUUUUUUUUUUUAAAUUUUCAUCGCCGCCAUGGGAUGUACCCUGAGUGCUGAGGAAAGAGCCGCCCUGGAGCGGAGCAAGGCCAUCGAGAAGAACCUGAAGGAGGACGGGAUCAGCGCGGCCAAAGACGUGAAACUACUCUUGCUCGGAGCCGGAGAGUCGGGAAAAAGCACCAUCGUGAAGCAAAUGAAGAUCAUCCAUGAGGAUGGCUUCUCUGGAGAAGACGUGAAGCAGUACAAGCCAGUGGUCUACAGCAACACUAUACAGUCACUGGCAGCUAUUGUCCGUGCCAUGGACACCUUGGGCAUUGAGUACGGCGAUAAGGAACGGCGGGCUGAUGCCAAGAUGGUCUGCGAUGUUGUAAGUCGGAUGGAGGACACAGAGCCCUUCUCUCCAGAGCUGCUGUCAGCUAUGAUGAGGCUCUGGGCAGACUCUGGGAUUCAAGAAUGCUUCAACCGGUCCCGGGAAUAUCAACUUAACGACUCAGCCCAAUACUACCUAGACAGCUUAGAUCGAAUUGGAGCUGCAGACUACCAGCCCACGGAGCAGGAUAUCCUCCGAACCAGGGUCAAAACAACUGGCAUCGUAGAAACCCAUUUCACAUUCAAAAACCUCCACUUCAGGCUCUUCGAUGUCGGGGGCCAGCGGUCAGAACGCAAGAAGUGGAUUCACUGCUUUGAGGAUGUCACAGCGAUCAUCUUCUGUGUCGCGCUGAGUGGCUACGACCAGGUGCUCCAUGAAGACGAAACCACGAACCGCAUGCACGAAUCUCUGAAGCUUUUUGACAGCAUCUGCAACAACAAAUGGUUCACAGAUACAUCUAUCAUCCUGUUUCUAAACAAGAAGGACAUAUUUGAGGAGAAAAUUAAGAAAUCUCCACUGAGUAUCUGCUUUCCUGAGUACACAGGCCCCAACGCUUUCACGGAGGCCGUGGCGUACAUCCAGACUCAGUACGAGAGCAAGAACAAGUCGGCCAACAAGGAGAUCUACACCCACAUCACCUGCGCCACCGACACCAACAACAUCCAGUUCGUCUUCGACGCCGUCACGGAUGUCAUCAUCGCCAACAACCUGCGGGGAUGCGGACUCUACUAAAGCUCCCUCCUCCCUCCUCUCCUGGCACCCGCCCGGAGUAUCCUCCGCUCCCGCGGACAGGUCCUCCCUUUCCUUGUUUUUUCCUCCUCAGAAGAUGACAAGGAAGAAAUACAUAAUUCCCUCCUCCUGUCCCAGAAAACUCUGCAGCAAGUUCUGCUUUCCCCAGACCCAUUUUAUUUUAUUUUGGUUCAUUUUUGGUUCAUCCCCUUGCUGCCCCGUUCUACUCCUCCGUUCUAAUUCACAGUGUUGUGCAGGGAGCUAACGCAUUUCCCACAAAGUGCAUUUCAACUGCCAAAAGACAAAAAUACUUCAGUUUUAAAGAGAGAAAAAAAAAAUCAAAGCCUUAAAAUACUGGUCAGGAACAGUGUAGUUUGGAACCAAAACUUCUAUUUUGCCUUGAAAAUUAAGGGAUGUUGUUCAUUCUCCUGGUUAUUUGCCUUUUUUAAAAAACACUAUUCCUUUGGGAAGUGCUAAAUACAACCUGAUCAUUUUGAGGGUACCAUACAGCUCCAGUUCUGACCCCAAAGCUGGAGGGUUUGGUGUUGACUGCAGCCACCAUAGCUUGGAUUUGUACAUUCUCCUUUUUUCCAGACAGCUAUUUGAACAAGUAAAACAGCCAUAUCAAGUUCUGCUGGUGUCUGAGUAACAGGGACACAGUAACAAAGCCUACUAAGCCUUGUCUAAAAGCAUUCAUUACUGGUACCAGUUUUACCUCAAGUUUUUCAAAAUUAAUGGUAAAAUUUAUCUAGUGGUUGCUGUAACCCAUUUCUGAGGCACUUCCAUGGAGGCCAUGGAGGCACUGAGCUGGGACCCCUGGAGUGUAGGCAGUGAAGAUGCCCCGGGAAUGGUGUCCUGAUGGACACUCCACACUCAGUGGCAUCCUGACAAGGAAUCCAGCCUGGGGACUUUUCCCACAGCACCUCCCAGCCUUAGUGAUUCAGCAGAGCUGAUGCUUCUGCAAACACACAGCAUCACUUUCCAAACUUCAGCCUUGAAAUGCUGGGUAGCACAAAAAAUGAUUAGCCCUGGCUUCUUGUAGGCAGAGUCUGAUCUUCAAGUGCCUGAGAUGGGGAAAGGUGCUUUGGGAAACCUCCCUGUGCUUGGGCAGCAGAAAAGUGUGCAAGAACCUCGUGGCCCUUCAUUGCCCCUUGGGCAUCUAAACCCCUUGAGAAGCCCAGCCUUGUGCUCUGAGCCUCCUUGGCUGAGCAUAAGCCAGUGGCUUUCCUGUGUCACCUCCUGCCUGAGCACCCCAGAGAGACAGCUCCAGGGUUGUUGUCCCCAGCCAGGGCAUCUCUUUACCAGUAUUGAGAGGGAUGGUUAACAGAGGCAAAGGAGAGCUCAGGGAGCUGAUCUGAGUCAAGUGAUGGAGUAGGAAAGAAAAGUGUAAGGAAAGGAAGAAGGAAGGACAGAGGAGAGGAGUGGGAAGGGCGAGGGUAGCACCCAGCACAGCAAAUCUGGGGGCUCAGAGAGGACAAAUGCAGGUGGGCUGAGGUACUUGUGGCCACCACCAAGAAACCUGGAUGCUGCUGAGUCGAAGGCAGAAGGGAAUGUGAGAGGUGGGGUGUCACCUUUGGGGACAUGGAGGGAUUCUUAGAAGUCCACCCCAAAAGCUUGUUUGUUGUCUGGGUGAGACAACCACCUCUGAGGUCCCACUCAGGGCCCACCUCACCUGGGGGCAGGUGGGCAAUUUUGAUCUGUGCCUCUUCUCUGCCUCCCUUAGAAGUCAAUUAUCUUGAAAAACAUGAAUCUUUGCAGGCUGGCCAGAAGUUCAACUGUCCUUCCUUGGGAGCCUGACCUAGGAGUGGCUUUCGGGUCUCAGGAAGUCUCUUCAGGGCUGUGGUUGAGAGGGACAAUAUCUCUUCUCACUGUGCCCAUUGAGGAGAGAUGGUGUGAGGGCAGCCCAGAGCAGCACAGCCCGAAGGGGAGGGGCCAGGUCAGCGUUCAGGAGACAGUGACAGGAACGCAUAGGGUGCACAGGGGGGAGGAGAGUGAGAGAGACUUAGGGAUCGUUUUGGGAGACAAGCUGCAGAAGGGAGACGAGGCAGAUUGAGACAGCAGGAAGGAUGGGAAGAGAAGGGCACCUGGGAGCCAGAGGAGAGUCCCCAUCAGGGGCUGUGCUCUGCCACAACAGUAUUUGUGGGACAUUUGUGACAAAUCCCCAGCAAGGGAUAUGAGCACCUGAGGCAAGCAGGGAAGGCCUGCAGAGGAAAACGAGGUGUCUGUCACCCAUCCAAACAGCUACAGCCCAGCACGGCUGGUAACUGUCAGUAACCCCUAGAGAGCAUUAAAUGAUGCAUUUACUAUUGUGCAGCAAGGACCUGCUGCUGCUCUGCUGGGCACUAACAGCAAUAACACAACUCCCUGCCUCCCCUGCUCUGGCACAAGCCAGCAUCCACCUUUCUCUUCAUCAUCUCAGCCUUAAAAUGCCUCCAAUGACAUCAGCUCCUGCAAAGAGCUGGCCAGCAAAACCAGGAGCCCGUCUCUGCUCCUUAUGCCACAGCCCACCCACACAUCUGUCCGAGCCCCAGCACUAACAACACCCAGCAUCCACGUGGGUGUUGUGUCAAGCCCAGGGCAAGAAAAACCACACAUUGGUUACAUUUGGUAUGUAACCUGUGUAACCACUGGACCCAGAAUGAUGAUGGCUGGUGCUGGCAGGGAUGCAGAUCUUUUAUUAAGCUCUGUAAGAAGAGUUUGAUCAGAAGCACUGGAGUUUUGGAGAUGUUCUGUUCCCACCCCUUGCUGUGAAUGAUGUUUUAUCCAAGCAAAUAAGUAACAGAAGCUGUUCCCAGGGAAGGCAGCACCACACCAAGGCUUUGUGAGCUCCCAGCAUAAAGCACACAGGAAUAUUUUGGUAAAGACAAUUUAAAUUAACUCCAAACUCUGCCAAAUGCAGUCGAGUGGCCAGUGCUGGCUCAGUGCACUUUUACCGCUCUCCAGGCUUGAUUCAGGUAACCCAUUCCCAGCUUUGCCAGCUGGGAGGUCCAAGCCUCCUCUGCAGCUCCAGCAGGUGCCUGGCACAUUGAUGACCAUCAACAGCUGGUACCCCAUGGGGAGAAAGGGGAGAAAAAGCAGAGGAAAUGUUGCCACAGAGAGCCUCUUCUUUCAUUUUCUUUGGCAUAUUGUGUGUCUAAAGCUUCAUCUCAGCUGCUGCUGCUGACAUUCCCUCCUUCACACGAGUGUCAUGAGGAUUCACUGACAAAUGCUGGAAGCAGCCUUUGGAAGAUGAAAUGCUUCCAGUGUUAAACACUACUAUUUCUCCCGCUUGAUGGCCGCGUAUAGAUUUGUGUCUGCAGAGCGCCUGCCAAAUCAUUACUCAGUGCUGGCUUCUGCGCCCUCCGAAGCCCUUCCUGAACAGAUGUGCCUUCUGCAGGCAAUCUUUUGCCCUGUGCUUUUUCUAAACACCAGCAAUUCUUGCAGCAGUUGCCUAAAAAGUACCUUGAAAUACAUCUCCUGCUUUGAAAAGCCUUUUCUUAACAGCCCCUUGUGCUUUGCAAUUGCCGUGCUCUGAAUCCAGACCCUUGGAGAGCCAGAGCUGUGUUUUGCUUGCAGUUUCCACAUAGCAGGGAUGUUGCAACUGGUACAGCUGCAUCAGAAAUCCUACCAGGGCAUGGAGGAUAGCUUUUAAAAGCACACGAUGGAAACAGCUAUGUAUACACCCUGCUGCCCUUCAAAGCUAAUGUGGGAAUUUGCAAAAAAGAAGAAAAAAAAAAAGCCCUUUUUGGGAUGCAGAAGGUUUUUAAUGACUCAGGUCACUGUUCCAGCAGCAGAAGCAUCCAAGGGGUGUCAGCACUGAAAGUAGCAUUAACAACUCAUGAUGAGCUUCAGACAGCAGCAAAAAGAAAGAAGGAAGCUCCCUGUUGGCUUGCUCCAUAGUCAAUGAGAGGGUCAGUUGUGGAGCCAUGAGACCACAAAAAUGCAAAUAGCUUCUUUAUUUAAACAACAAUUUCAAUGAAAUAGAGAAACCCAUACAAGAAAAGUCUUGCAGCGCUGCCAGGCUGAGCUGCAGAGCUCCCGGGGAGGAUGCAGUAGCUGGGCUGGUUGGGAGAACGAGCAGUAACCAUGCACCGGGAAAGCACACACUAAAAUAGAGUGCCAGGCUGCCAAAGGCAGUUUUUAAUCUUGCAUAUAGAAGUCGCACACAGUCUGGUUUUCACAGGGGGCCGGAGGAGCCCGGCGGAGCGGCAGGACAGCGGGAACGCUCGGUGCGGCCAUCUGGCCCUGCCGUCUGCCAGCGCCGAGCGUCCCCGCUGCCCUGGCCUCCCGCUGCGCCGGGAUGGUCACAUUCCCACUGCCUGCCCACAGACACCUCCAACUACAUCUCUCUCAGGAGUUUUGUACUGGAAUCAGCUUCUUGCCUUCAGCCAGCUUUCCUGGAUGGCUGGCCAGCCUGUCCCUCCAUGGAGGGGAGAGCAGCCUCAGGAGGAGCCUGCCAUGCCUCCUCUAUCAAUGUGAUUUUGUUUCACUGGACACUAAAAGUAUUAAUGAGGGUGGUCUUUAAUGUACAUUAAAACAUAUCUGGUGGGUCUAAUCUAUCACGGCAUGAGCCCAGUGCUUGGAAGAUGAAAUGCUUCCAGUGUUAAACACUACUAUUUCUCCCACUUGAUGGCAAGGGAACAGACUCCCCUUUGCCUGCAAGGGAACAGACCUUGUUCUCAGUCCAGGAGUGCAAUCUCCAAGAGGUCAGGAUGUGACAUAGAAGAUGUCCUUUUGCCAGAAGGUCCCCUUGUGCCCAGCCUCACUGUGCAGCUCAACAAGGCAGACAUCGCCCCUGGGGGAUUUGCAGUCAGUGCUGGGAAAGGGACCAACACAAACUGUUAGUUUGUGUGACAUGUCCCAAGCUUUUUGUGGUCACAAAGUCUCCUGGAGCCAGGGAGAGUUGCUGAGUUCCUGGAAGAAGGCUGACCAUCUGUCAAGUCAAUUAGAGAAGCUUAGUUCCAGUGUGUUUGAGUGUUUCCAUGGUUUGUCUUCAGGCUUACCACCAAAAACUCCACAACCAUUUCCAAGGAGACUAAAACACUCCUUAGUGAUCUGACACUGGACAUGUCAAGGUCAGUAGAAAUGGUGUUACUGAGCAUCACCCUGGGCACCCAGACCCAUCACUGACUUGCAUCCCCAGUGCACCCAUGAGAAAGCAGAGACGUGGUCCAAGUGGCACAAAAUUGCAGACCACAGUCUUGCCUCCACCUCCCUGCAGGAGAGAGCUGGCAAACAGACCCCGAGGCUCCCUGAGACUUGAGGGUACCGUGUCAUUUCUGAGCUCCAGCACUGACACAGGUAAUUGAUGCUGACAGAUAUAGGUACGUGACCUAUAUAGUUAUACUGAGAAUGUGGCUAUGGGAAGGGACUUUGCACAGGACCACUCAUGCCCCAAAAAACAGCCUGUGAGAUUUUUAUUUGUGUGCAAACACAAGCAAGUGCAGCCCUUAAACACCAAUGCCUUAGUGAGAGGAGGACCAAAGCCUCCAGCUGGCAUCCUGCAGGCAGAGGAAAAGGGAGCUGGAUUCAAGAAACAGCCCCAUCUCCCCAAGAGGGCAGCUCUGUUCAAAGACACUGGGUGCAGUAGGCACAGGGAGGGAAGACCAGGAGAAGAAGUAGAGGGGCUGGGAGCUGGCUGGAUGCUCACUGUCCCAGGCCCUCUUCCACCCAGUGUCUUGGAAUGUAGUGCAGGCAAGCAGCUCCAGAGCUAAAGCCACUGCUCCAGGUGGUGAGAAGAGAUCAUGGCAGGUAAAACCAUUUUCAGCAGUGCUUGAGUCUCACCAGCUUUUCCAGUGCUGGACCAACCUGGUGAUGCUGGGCAAGCAGACAGGAUUGUUUAAGCACCAGCCAUGGCCCUGUUAAUUAGCCCAGUCCCUAAUUUGUGCUCCUCAGCCCUAUUCCCCCACCUCGUUUUUCCCACUUCAGCUCGACAAGGGAAGAGUGACCAUCACCCCCUGUGGGCUCCUGCUCCCCAUCACAUUUCCCAGAGGAUCACCGGAGGCCGUCACCAUUUUCCUUUUGCUGGUUUCCCGCUGAAUCAUUUCUCCUGCAUGUUUGAUGGCCCAAACUGUAUUAACUGUAAUUUUGUACGAAGAGUGACUGUCCAUUGGUUUAAUAGAGCAUUAGUUAUUGUAAUAAUUUAUUGGCUGUUGGUAAUGUAUUUAUUAGUUACAAAAUGUUAAUAAAGUGCCAGCUCUUUUCUAGUGUGA